AGGCGGGAGGGGGUGGGCGGAGUAGCCGCGUUCCUACGUGGGUCGCGGCACGGCACAGGCUCUCCCGGCCUCCCCGGCUUCUUUUGGCAUCGGCUCGAAACUCCUUUCCCCGGACGCGGAGCAGGAGCUCUCCCGACGCUUCUCGGGGAGUGUCGUCUGGGUCGGUGCUGCUGCAGGAAGAGCCCUUCUCCCGACCCUGGAAGGCCCUGGCACACCUCGCCGAUCUCCGUGUUCAGGGGUUAAUGUGGGAAUCAGAGCAGAAUGGAUCGGUAUCGAUAUUUCAUCUUUAACCAGAGGAACAUGGUCGUGCUGGGGAUGUUCCAGAUAGCCUUCAGCACCAUCUGUGUCACCAGUGGGUUCAUAGAUGGCAUUUUCAGAACAGAGUCUCAGCUGGGCAAAACCGGAGCUCCAGUUUGGGCUGGCAUGGUGAUGGGAGUCCCAGGCGUCCUAGCUUUGUUCUCCUCGCAGAGGAAGAAUCCAGUUCUUGUGAAUGUACUGAUAGUUGCUUCCAUAUUCUCUUGUGUUGCCAUCCUCAUUAUAAUAGUUUAUAGCUUCUUCACACUGAACUAUGGUGAAGAGGAGGAGUUGAGUUCUGCCCCAGUCCAUGUUAUCCAUACUAGGUUCAUACUCAAUAAAGUUGUCAAGGGUGCUAACAUAGCCAUGCUGGCUGUAUCCAUCUGCAGUGCCUUUUUUGUACUGGCCAUGGCUUACUUGGGAUGCCGGAGUCUUCCACACUGCUCCUGCUAUGACAGUGUAACUGGGAUGGAAUGGUUGCAACCUAGUGAGGACCAAAAUCAGGCUGUGGAAAUGGUUUGUGCUGUACAAAGUGGGAGGCUGUGCAGAGCCCAUUGAAUCUCAGAAUAUCUCUGGAAACUAGCAGCCAUUAUUCCUCUCUCAAUGCUUCUUCAGAGCUCUCACUGAUGACACUAUUCAGCUGGAUAAAUGAGGCCUCCUUUGGGCACCCAGCAUUAACAAGAGGAAGGAGAAAAAAUCCUGCAUCCUCAGAGACAUCCUCAGAACAGUGGGAUUUUUUUUGUGAGUCCUAGAAUCAUGACAACUUCUAAUGCUAUUUAUGACUUUAGACAUGGUGUUGAUUUGUUAAAAGUAACAUUACUAUUAUGCUAAAAGUUAAAAUGUUAAAAGUAACAUUACUAUUUUUAAAUAACAUAUGGCUCUACAUUUAUCUGGGACUUGCAAUCUUAAGCAACAUCAGUCAAUGACCUCAAAAGUAGGACUCUGGAAAAAAAAAAGAGUAUUAGAAUUAUACAUUCUGGUGAAAGUGAAAAUACUCAGAGAGGGGACAAGGAAUAUGACUUUCAACAAACUUAUAAAAGUUAAAGAGGCUUUAUUUCUGAAUGAGACCAGAAGAAGAGUAAUGGAGGAGACUCCUUUAGGGUCUUUACUUACAUACAAGGGUCAGUUAUCACUAUUUUUAUAAAUGUUGUAUCACUUCUGGAAUCUGAAAUAAAUACUGAACAUGCCUCUGAAUCAUCAGGCGGGUGCUUCAGAUGCCUCAAAAUCACCUAAAGUCAUUUCCAGAAAACACUGACAGUACUCCAAGUAUUGUGACAGUCUUUUUUGAAGAAUUUGUCACCCACACAGACAGAAACUAGAAACUCCUUUAAUUCCCUCACAACAUUUUUUAAACUAUAUGGAAUUAUAUUAUUAAUCCUAUUAUAAUUAUUGAAAACAAGUUAUAACAGUUUGUGGCAAAGCCAGUUUAUUAGGUUUCUGGGAUUGUGCUUUGCCUGCCCCCAGCACAUACAAAAUAACCCAACUUUACAGUCUGGUAAAGUUAAAAUACACAUACAAAGUAUUCAGUACUCUCACAUCCAUUCUAUGGGCAGAACACCACCACUGAAAGCCAGGGAGCAACACUGAAUGCUGCAUUACUGACCACACUGCCUUCGUGGCAGAACCAUUAAAACAUGCUUUGUGCUGAACAUGGAAUUAAACACUUGAGCACCAUUUCCACACAAUUUUCAUGACAUGAGGGCCCUUAUUUACAAGUUGUGGCAACUCAGAUAAAACUUAACAGAUGUGCAGGUGGUUCAGCUCAAAUUUAACAGUAACACUGCAGCUACAUUACUUUCUUACCCCAACCCCCAACCUGACUGACUUUAAAAUUCUGAACUCUGGGAUAUUUUUUAUUAAAACAAAACAAAACCAAAAACCCCACACAAAUAAAUGAAAAACAAACAAACAAAAAAACCAAAAAAACCCCCAACCAACCAAAAACAAAAACCCUCUAAAACAAAACAAAAACUACCCCGCAAACAAAAAACAACAAAAAAUAUCACAAAAAAACCAUCAAAACUUGCUGACAUAUUUAGUAUACAAAUAAUUAAGAAAGAUCCUUCUCAGAAAAAGGAUUAAGGACAUGAGUGAAAGACAAUCUGUCCAACAGGACUGUAAACCAUAUCUACUCACCACAGUAUAAAUAUCAAUUUAAGAUCAAUCCCUUUCUUAAAGAAAUCGUUAAGGACACUAGUGUUAAAAAGGUGAUUGUUUCUGAAACAACUGUAAAUUCUAGUCAUGUAAGGUUCAGAGUGAAUACAAAAGCUCCCUUUUACAAGUUUUUCCUAAGCAAAAAUACUGUCACAACUGAGGCAGCAUUAUACAGGAAAAAGUAUUACUUUUUGUUUAAUUAUUUUUAAACAUCUUAAUCAUAUUAGACAAAUUAAAUGCUCUUUCAAAAUCCAGAAAAAAGUCUAUGCAUUUUUUUCUGUACGUAUUGCAAUGAAAUUACAUCUUAAGAAUUGUAAUAGUUUACAUAAUAACAGUUAUCUUGUUUCUGUAAUUUGUUUCUAAUGUGACCAUUAGGGUGACAGCUUCUGAACUAGCCCUUCCAUUUAGUUUCCAGUAAGCAACACAUGCUACACAUUGCAAAAAAAAAAAA